AUGGAGCUGCAGAGUUUGGAGUUUGCCCCGUUAGUUUUCAGCCUUGCUUUGGUUCGGUUUUUCCUCAUUAUGUUCCUUUUUCUUGCCUUUAGAAUGGUAACGUACAUCCUGCUCAUUGCGUGUUGGAAAGGCCGCGGGGAGAGAGGUGGUGCGGGACCCGCGAAGGCGCAGGCCACGGAAGGGCGCACGGAGAGGCGUGCGGCACGACCGGCCCCGGUGCGGAGCGAGGCGUGGCUGGGAAGAAGGGUCGUGCGACUGGACCCGCGGCGGCCGCAGAACCGAGGAGGCGGAGGCGGGCUGUGGGAGGCCGAGCGUGGGAGGCCGUGGGUACGUGGCCGCCUUUCCACACGCGGGGGCCGCGGAGCCGGCGCUGCGAAGGGCGCGGCCGGGGUCCCGACCCCUCCACGCGGGAGGUGCGGAGGGGGCGGGGCCGCGGGGCGGGGCCUCGGGGGCGGGGCCGCGGGGGCGGGUCCCAUUGGUCCCCGCGGGAGCGGCCGCGGCGGCGCAGGCGCGGUUCCCGCCUCCCCUGCCGGCGAGCGAGUGGAGGCUGCAUCCCUGUGCGGCUGGUUGUCGCGUCGCCGCAGCCGCCGCCGCGGAGCCCCCCGCCCCCGCCCGGCCGCCCCGAGUCGGAAUGAGCUCCAGGAAAGUGCUGGCCAUUCAGGCCCGAAAGCGGAGGCCGAAAAGAGAGAAACAUCCAAAAAAGUGAGUCCGCGCGGCGCUCGGGCCCGACACCGCCCCGCCCCGCCCCGCCGAGGGUUGCUUGCGGCCGCGCAGGCAGAGCUUCCCGGUCCCCGGGCCGCGGGUCUCCCGGGACGCGGCGCCGGCUCUGCGUGCCCUGGAGGGGGAGGGGUGGGGGAGGGGCGCGCGGCCGCGGGUUCCGGAGCUGCGACCUGGCCCGGCGGCCUGCGAGCCGCCCGGGCUCCGCGCUCGAUCCCGCGCCUCGCGCCCCUGAGCCACACCCGCGACCCGCACCUCCGUCCCUGCCCUGCAGCGGUCGGCUGGGGAGCCGGAGAGGGAGGCGGCGGCGCGCUGACAGCUGGACUGAGGGAGCCAGUGCGCUGCCGCCUCUGCCACCUCCCGGUCCCGCCGCAGCCAUCCAGCUGAAAGCCCGAGCUGCUUGUCAAGUGGUCUGGCCUCGGGUGUGUUCCUGGCACGACUUCAGGUCCGAGACCAGUGCGUUUCGGCUCUCGGGUUUUUCAUUCGAAACUUUCUGCUCGGGUCGAGCGUUACUUGGGUGCUGCGGCUGCGCCCAGGUCGCUCGCCGCAGCGGGGGAGAGCGUGUGCGGGGGCAGGUCCCUCCCGCGUGGUGCUCGGGACUGGAUCCAUCGGCUACUGAUAUUUCAAAUGUGCCAAUCCAGCCACCUCCAUCCUGGACGUGCAGCCCGGUUUGGGCGGCAGCUGCUGGAAAAGCCUUUCGCGGAGAAGUAGGCGCUCUGAGGCUUCAGAGCGCCGCCGAGUGUUCCUGUUUCCUCUCUCUUUGGGUUUGCUGGACCAGCGUUAAACAUCUUUGCUCGCACUGGUUGCCUCGUUCUUCCUUUUGUGCAAGAAAUUUGUGUGUUAUCUUUGAUACUUUGGAGAACAACGGAAUUGCCUUUAUUUAAUAAAAUCCCGAAAUAUUGUUUAUCUAUUUUGCAAGGGGUGGGAUGCCCCUCAGCUCUCCUAGGUGGUGGUGGUUGUUACUCAUAUCGGCCCUAGUCGCAGCCUAGAGGAUUUCCCUCCCAUUUGGUGGCAUCUAGGAAAAUUGGCAAUCAUUGUUAGUGUGGAGGUAAUUUUACAAGAUUGUCCUCUUUCAAAAUUGAAUAUAACAUGACUAUUUGUAGGUCUUCAUAAGAUGUGGACAUCUACGUAAACAUCUUUUAUUAGGAGGCAACAAGUCUUGAAAACUGGAAAGUAAAAAUUGAAAAAUGAAAAAAACAGUUUUUAUUAUUCUGCGAGUAUUUGGAUUUGGGUGUGACACCUGUGGAAGUCAAGUAACAACUUUCAAGAGUUGAUUAUCUGCUAUGUGGAGACCUAGUGAUCAAACUCCGGUUGAUAAGUAGCUUAACCUGUGGACCAUCUCCCUGGCCCAGAUAUGGGGUAUUUAAAAUAUUGAAACCCAAUGUCUGAUAGUUUUAAGAUGCUUUCUAAAGGCCAGUGCUAUUGCUGGACCGUGGUGGUGCAGGCCUUAAUUCUAACACACUCGAGGCAGAGUCAGGUGGACUCUGUGAGUUCAAGGCCAACUGGGUUUACAGAGUGAGUUCCAGGAUGGCCGUGAAAGUUACACAGAGAAACUGUCUCACAAAACUAAAAAGGAAAGAAAAAGAAACAGUUGAGAAAGCAGGGACCUGCCUUUUAGGAUAGCUCUUUUUUCUGUAUAUAAACAUAUGUUUAUCUGUGUAUAUUACAUGUGCACAGAGAAAAAUCAUUUUUUAAUUGAAUAAGCAUGUAUUUCAUUAUUUUCCUGUUUCAGGGUCUUUCAUAAUGGUCAAGGGUCUUUGCUCUAUUAUAUUUGGAUUUGUGGUAUGUUAAUAAUUAGGAAUAGCCGUAUAAAUUAUCUACUCCUAUGUCACUUUGCAGUCUCUUCCAAUGUGUAUGUGUUUAAAGGAAAACACAGUUAAUGAUGGGAAGAACUGGCUUGAUGAAGUAGGUGGUUAUCAGUAAGAACCAUAUCAAAUCAGCGAUUGUGUGGAGGUGUCACUUUUCACUUAGUAUUUUUUUUUAAGAUUUAUUUAUUUUUUUUAUGUAUACAGUGUUCUGGUGCUGGCAGGCCAGAAGAGGGCACCAGAUCCAGAUCUCACUACAGAUGGUUGGGAACCACCAUGUGGUUGCUGGGAAUUGAACUUAGGACCUCUUAACCACUGAGCCAUCUCGCCAGCCCCUCACUUAGUAUUUUUUUGAAUCAAGAUAUUAUUAUUUAAAGUAAUUUCUGGAUAUAAUUUAUUCAUAUGUUCAGUAUAUAUUUGUAUGCCUUAGAAGAUGAUGUGAGAGCUUUGUACAUAGUAAUAUUCCAUGACACUUUAAAUCUAAGGAGGUUUAAAGAGAGGCAUCAAGAAAGUGACUUCAGAUAGUGAUACUAAUAAGAUGACAUUUGUGCGGUUCGCAUGCAUUUCCACGUGAGGUGGAUGCUGUUCCCGUCACCAUUUCCAGAUGAAGAAGUAACAUGCUAGCAGUUAGGUUGUGUCUAGGCAGCCAGGCACCAGAGGCCACCUCAACUUCGAGGAAAUGACAUUUGGGCAGAAAUUAGGGUGAAGAGGGGUAGGGAUUGGGCUGGGGUUGUGUGAUAAGGUGGAUAAGAGGCAGGCGAGACACACAUAGGCCUGUGUAGGAGGCUUAUGUCUGUGUAAGAUGGUGUCAUUCCUGCCUGAAUAGUUUUGGCCGUGUGUGGGGAUGGGGUGAGAGUGAGAACAGAGCUGGUCUGUGCUGAUGAUGCGGUAAAUAGGCAGCUGCGUUCUAGGUUCAAGGAAUGACACUGGUGAGGGGGGACUUCAUUCCACAGAUGUCUCUGACAGGUUAGAACCAUACAGCCUUGUUUGGGUCAACUCGAGUGUCCUGUGGCUAGUGUUUAUGCAUUUUAAGUCUGUAAGGGACUAAUUUUAAACUGUGGUAGAGACUGGCCAACUUGAGCAAUGUGACUGUGUGGGCCUGGCCUCAUGAAGUGUGAUCUACUUUUGUCUUUUGUCAUUUCUUCCUUGUUAUAUGCAAAUGGACCUACCUCUCUCUCUCUCUCUCUCUCUCUCUCUCCCUCC